GGACGGAGCCACGGCGGGGCUGCCGCGUCGCCCGCCUCCCCGGCAAGUAGAGGGCGUCCGGGCGGAAUGAAAUGAAAUGCUGAGAAAUAAAGCUUUCCUAUUCUGAUUUGGAUCUUUAUAAUGGGUAUCGGAAAGUCUAAAACGGAUCCCUGCCCUCUUUCUCUCACUUGGGGUAAAAGCCACAGUGUGGACACGAGUCAAAGACAGCACAAGUCAGAUUCCAAGAAAUCUGAAGAAACGUCCCUGAGUGACGCUGCUGCUCAUAGCAAUACAGCAGAGAUGCCAACAGGGGAGCAGGAGGGAGCCAAGGGAGUGGAGGAGAUGCCAGAAGAGGAAGCAGAAGAAGAGGUGUUCUUCAAAUUUGUGAUACUGCAUGCUGAAGAAGACACAGACGAAGCCCUCCGAGUCCAGAAUCUGCUGGAAAAUGACUUCGGCAUCAAACCUGGAAUAAUCUUUGCUGAGAUGCCAUGUGGCAGGCAGCAUUUACAGAAUUUGGAUGAUGCUGUCAAUGGGUCUGCCUGGACAAUCUUAUUAUUGACCCAAAACUUUUUAAGAGAUACCUGGUGUAAGUUCCAAUUCUAUACGUCCCUCAUGAACUCUGUUAACAGGCAGCACAAGUACAACUCCGUCAUCCCCAUGCGGCCUCUGAACAACCCCCUGCCCCGGGAAAGGACUCCCUUUGCUCUGCGAACUAUCAACGCCCUGGAGGAAGAAAGUCGUGGCUUUCCUACACAAGUGGAAAGGAUUUUUCAGGAUUCUGUAUAUAGGAUACAGCGGGCUAUAUGGAAAGAGACCAGAAAUACGGUACAAAGGCAAUUUAUUGCUUGAGACGGAACACACAACACACAACAGGCUCUUGUUUUGUAAAACAAAUGACUUAUCUCCACUUGAGAAAGCAAAUUUCUAGGAAGAGUUUAGAUGAAAGAGAACCUUAUUCUUACAGAAACUUAUGGAGCCCAAGAAAGAUAAAUUUCUGCAGGACAGUCUAUAGAAUUGUGGUACUUUUCAAUGUUUCCAUAAACUUGAAAUUGUCAGAGUUUCAAGAACUGUUUCCAAAAAAAAAAAAAAAAAAACUGUUUCCUCUCAGUUUUCCUAGUUCAUGAUUACAACAAAGGAUAUUUUAAAUUCAUAUUCCUCGUAUUGAACUUGACCAAAACCUUAUAUGAUAGACAUUUAAAAAAUACAAUAACACUGAUUUUGUUCUCAAAGGAACCGCAGAAAAAAAUGGCCUCGAGAGAUCCGAGCACCCUCACUUUCGAGGCACCUCUCAUGAAUGUUGCAAUAAAGUGUUCCCGGUGUUGUCACCCAGAAAUAGGGAUAGCCAGACUAGAACAUUUAGAAUGUUGAGUGCUGAUAAAUAUGAAACCCAAAAUAGAUGUGAGAAUGGUAGGGCUCUUUAAAAGAAUCCAAUCAGGGGCUGCCCUGGUGGCGCAGUGGUUGAGAGUCCGCCUGCCGGUGCAGGGGUUGCGGUUUCGUGCCCCGGUCCAGGAGGAUCCCACCUGCCGUGGAGCGGCUGGGCCCGUGAGCCAUGGCCGCUGAGCCUGCGCAUCCGGAGCCUGCGCUCCGCAACAGUGAGAGGCCCCCGUACGGGGGGGUGGGGCAGAAGAAUCCAAUCAAAUGUGUUUCCUUUCUGUUUGAAUUUGCAUAUUUGGAGGCAGCUCCCACCACUGAUUAGUGGCCCAUUUGAUGGUAUUGUGGUCAGGGACUUCGUGCCUGGUGUUGACAUGACCCCUGGAGCUGGAAGCUCUCCAUUGUUGGUCAUUGUCUGUGACCAGGAGCUUCUGAAAGGUGUAUGUAUCCUUGGCCAGAUGUUCUCCUUUAAAAUCAAUAACCUCUCCUAUGGCAGCUGUUAAAAAUUCCUCUCUCACACAAUGCCCUAUCAAGGAAAUAUUUCUCAGCUAGGUGAUCACAGAGCCUGACCGUGUGUGUGUGUGUGUGUGUGUGUGUGUGUGUGUGUGUGUGUGUG